AAACUUUAUUCGACAUCUGUGCGGAGAACACAGUUGAGACAGUAGCUCCUAGAGUCCCUCAUACGGAUAAAGUUUCGGAAGAUGCAUGUGAGUGAAGUAGACCUGGGUAUAGGAAAUAUCAGGUUUAAUAUAAAAGUCUAAUUGAACUGAAAUAAACAGUGUAGAAGGCGGCGGUAUGGAGGAAUACAGCACCACUGUGAGAACAUCCGGAUUCGUCUUGAGUUCAUUGAUGUUCCAGCAUCUGAACAGUGACUGUGAUGUGGAGGGAUUAUUACUUGGUGAGAGUGUCGGAGAGGAGAACAGCAAAAUCACAGACUCCCAGACGGACCACAUACAGUUCGUACAUACAAUAAACAUUCAAAAACACAUCACUUGCAAGACCACUCACAGCUUCUACAACAACACCUGUGAAGUGGACCAAGAGAAGAUUAGGCAGGUUCUGUCCAAUCUCAAAGAGGAGAACGUGAUUGGCUGGUAUCGCCAGCGGAGGAACACCAGUCAACAAAUGACUUUAAAAGAGCAGUUGGUCCAUCAGAAUUUGAGGAAGCUGCUGCCCUAUCAGGAACUUGUUUUCUUGCUCCUCACACCAUCCGAGGUGACGAUGUCUCACUCCACCCACCGCCUAGAGUACACAGCCUUCUUAUGGAAUGGCAGUCAGUACAGUAAUAUCCCAGUCUCAGUGAGCAACCUGGGGACUCUGGAGCAGCAGGAUUACUGGAGAGUCUCUGCUACAUGUCCAUCUCUGAGUCACUGUCAAGCCAUUAAACAACACAGAGCCAAAUUCUUCUCUUCGGAGCAGGAUCUCCGAGAGGUGGAGAACGUCAACGACAUGAACGACGCCUUGUUAGAUGAAAUGAAGAGCGCGUGUGUGAGAGUGGAGAGGAGCGAGCGGAGAGUGGAAAAGCUACAGGCAGAGAUCGCGGAGCUCAAAAAGGCCAUCAGAGAGCGGAGGAAAAAACAGCAGGCCAAUGAGACCACAGAAAGUUCUCCUGCUGAAGAACCCAAGGAGAACGUGCUGCUUUGCACGGCUCUGAAAGCACUGUUCCCCAACACACCAUCGUUACGCUGCCAGACUCUGAGUGUUGAGGGUUUCCCCGUACUGAACAGGUGCUGCGUCGAGGACCACGGGGUCGAUGUUUCUACCAGAAUGCCGCUUCUGCUACUGCAGUGUGGUAACGUGGCGAGGAAAAGGAGGAUAAACUCGGGCUACAGGCCAAAGGGGAAAUUUCAGUCCACGGGAAUUUUACAGAAAGGUAAAAAGAGGAAAGUGGAAACGGAGCUGAGCGAGGUGCUGUCUGGAAGCGAGUCUGGCACGGAGGUGGAGGUGAGCAGCCCAAACCAGGGCAACUCGCCUGUAUUUUAAAUACUCGCUUAGAGAACAAGGAAUAAAUCAGAGUAGAAUAUCCUUAAAACAAGGUACUUCCUGUCAGCAUUUAUGGUGUAAAUAUGUAUAUUUUUUGAAAGAUGAAUGCAGAAAAAUGUGCCUGAUGUGUUCACUGUUAAAUCCCGUUGUGCAAUUUCUUAAUGAUUUUACUUUUUUUUUAAAUACCUAUGGUUUUUCUACUUCCUGUUCAGUUUGUUUACAUGUAUGCAUUAUAACAUUAAACAUCCACUUAAUCUA